AUUGGAUUAUAUUCGAUUCUAGGCUGUUUGUUUUGAUUCACGUACUGAUGUUACCUAUAGCUGUUCAGGGAUCCUUUAUGGAAUACAUAUGGCCUUCUCAUGAAAAUGAUCAGACAAAUACGGCGGUGGACACCUUCCCGGGCGUUCCAUAUGAGCUUUCCGAAAGUGAUGAAUCCUUUCUUCGGGAAGCAUCCAAAUGGAUUGGAGCUAACCUUUCCAAGCUAGAUCUAUGUCACCAUCGGGUGAUACUGAAGUUGAAAAAUUCCUGCGAAACGCUGAAUGCCGAGCAGAUUGGCAAGUUGGCAGUCAUGCUGCUCAACUGCCAGUCCGAUUCGGAAGGUCGCAGGGUCUACCACUGUACGGAGCAGAUGUCGUUGAAAGACUGCACCCAAGAGAUGGACCCGGACACAUGGAAUGCAUACCAUUUGGUGACGAAUCGAGCGAAAGCCGUUUGUGCCAGCGUUCGGCACGAUCAGUUUCGAGGCUUGACGGAACUAACAGUCAACAAACUGAUGAACACAGCCCACGAGCAGAUUGAAAUGAUGGGACAGCUGGCGGAGAACCAGAAGGAGCUGCAGAGCGUAACGCAAGAUGCAAUUGAUGAGAUGUCGGCUAACAACGACAAGAUCAUCAACCAGCAGAGCGAUAUCAUGAAGCUUUCGGAAGCACACCGUGCCAAGGUCGAAUCAAACUUUCGGGAAUUGGUCCGAGAGAAGGCCUUGAUUCGGGCAGGGCAGCUAGAAGUUGCCACGCUUCUAACUGACCUACGGAGUCGGAUCGACGAGAGCAUCAAACAGCUAGAGACGCAAUCGAAACGGAGCAAGCUGAAUCACGCUUCUUUGCUAACCGACAUGGAACUGUUGCAGAAGAGUGCGGCCACGAUCGCCGGUAAGAUCGAUGAAACCAGUGCACAUUUUGCCUCGCAUCACCAAGCGGCUGAAGAGCAGUACAAGUACACUCUCGGCCAGCUACAAAAGAUCAACAAUACAGUUGCCAAUAUGCUGGACAUGAUCGGAGCCCUACAGAAGGACUUCGAUCUUAAGUUGGCCUGGAUCACGGAGAAGGUUGGCGGCAGCGACUACAUCCUCAAGAAGAUUAACACGAUCGUGGUCCACUUCUGCUACCUCAUCUUCGGAAUGAUCUGCCUAUCGUUCGUCGAUGCGGACAAAUUCAUCCGAGUGUUCUUCAUCCUCGUAGUUCCCGGAAAUCUACUGGGGAACCUCGUGGAUCUCUUCCAGUCGGAUGUCCUCCGUCUUAGCGUCAUUCUGGGUAGUUUCAUCGCUGCAGACCUCAUCUGCCGUCUAGGCAUCAAAUUCUAUCCAAGAAUACGCAAUAGGCGUAGUCAGUCCUCAGCCGGACGCGAUCAACCCGACACGGCUGCGAGAAGGCAACGGGAGCCUUCAGUGGUGCCGACGCGAUCGCGUCUGAAUGUACCUCUCCGACCGGAGCCCACCGUUGUCGAGGAAGAGCAGGAAGACGAAGAAGGUCAAGAAGAAACCGCCGAUGCGGUUUCCUAUUUGAAUUCUUUCCGGUCGCGGUUUUCGCGGGAACGAUCUAUGACACCGUCGAUGUCCAAUGGUGGGGGUAGUACGGCCGUGCGGCGUAGUGUGACGCGCGAGGGUAGCGAAGAUCGACAGCAGUGUUCGGCGAGGACGCUGCGAGGUGAUCAGUGCCGGGGGGUAGCUUUAGCGGGCAGGGACUUUUGUCGUGUUCACGAUCAGAGAGGUUUAUAGGCGGGUUUAGGGUAAGGAAGUGGAAAAUAAGAAGUUUUGCUUUUUAGAUCAGCUAUAAUUUAGAUUUAACUGCGUUUCAUGAUUAGAUUAUUGAAUGUAGAAUAAUCUAAAUUACAUCCUUUUUUCUUACUUUGAUUUGGACAGCUUUUAGAAUAAUAUAGAUAUAGUACAACGAAUUUGUGGGCCAUUCAUUACCUGAAAUCUUUGACAGUGUUUUUUUUUUAAUUUAUGCUUAUUAGAUGAUAUUACUAUAAUAGUUUACUGAAUUGUUUAAUAAAGAAUAUACUACCAACAUGUAGGUAGAAAAAUCAA